ACUUUGUAGUACUUUUGAAAUUUUCUAUACUCAAAAUGUUAGUUGAAAUUACAAAACAAAAUUGUACAGAUUGUUUUAGAAGUCAAAACCAAGUUCUUCCACACAUAUGUAUGGGAGUGGCUUAUGCACGGGGUUGGACCUGGCUUCUCUUUUCUGCAGUAGUUCUGCAGCCAACUGUUUUCCCUGCCCUUUGCCCCCCUCCUACCCACUUUGCACUCUGUGUGUCCAUGCUGACCUCCAGCUGUCAUCACUGUCCUGUCCCAGCCGCUGACCUUUGUUUUCUUACCUGUGGUCCUGCCUUGAGUUUCCUCUUUCGUUUCUUGUUUUUGAGACAGGGUCUCAAUGUAGCCCUGCUGGCUACAUGAAUCAGGCUGGCUUGGCUCAUAUAUCCACCCACCUCUGCCUCCCUAGUGCUGGGAUUAAAUGCGCACACUAGUACUGGUAUAUUUUAAAGAACUCAAAGGUUCGAUUAAAACGCUUAGAAUAAAAUAUACACAAUCACAGUGAUGAGAAAUGUAAGUUUCCUGGUGCUUCUGGCUGACACCAACUGUCAGAAGAAUUUCAGGCAUCAAGGAUAGGCCUUGGUGAGAGAUAUUUUAAGACAGUCCAUGCCACAGCGACAGUUGCUUGCUAUGUAUAAAGGGCAGCCUGUUCACAGGCACUGUCUUCUGAGUUCUGUAUUUUACAUGGUUCGGGGUGAGUAUAUGUUAAAGAAUUACUGCUGUAAAGCUUUAAAAUAUUACUAGAAAGGAACUUUUUAUAACUAGGAAUGUACUAGUAUAAUUUUUAUUAUAAAGAUAAACAAACAUUUAAUUACUAAAAAUGAACAGCCUCUUUUCUACUCUUUUUGUGAAGAUGUCAUCUGUGUGGUGUGUAAAGUUAAAGGUUCACAUGUCCUACUCCCUUCCCCUUCCCCACCUCAGCUGUGAAGAUAGGACAUUUUAGUAGAAAUGCUACUAGUAUUAACUGCUGUGGAAUGCUUAUUCUGUUCUGGAAUUAGAAGAUUUCGAGAAGUUAAGAUCUCAGUUCUUCAUACUUCAGAACAAUCACCUACAUAAAAUUAAGCCCUACUCUAAGUGCUUGGCUUUACAUAUGCUUUAAGGACAUUUCUGUAGUGCUCUCUUAACUCAUCAGCGUAUCGGGCUGUUCUCUUAAGCUUCCAGGGUGUGGAAGAACUAUCUCCUACUACUACUGUAUGUGUAAAAUACAUCCAUGUCUGUAUUGCUGUGUGUGUGUAUAUAUUAAUUGUCCUGUGCAGUCAUGUAUUUUGAAUGUCACAUAAAUCAUUUUUUUAUGCAAUGUAAUGUUCAAAAACAUUGCCUUUGCUUCAUGUUGGUAACGUAAUUACAGAGUGGUGGUGACCUGCUAGCUGUGUGCAUGUCCAGUAUAUACAGUUCUGGGAACAUUAACUAAUACACUCCUGUUUUUCUGACAAACUUGUGAAUAAAUGACUGCGUUCUGGUUUCUUUUUAGAUGCGUGUUCAUACUGUUUGAAUCAGGAUAUUCUGUUUUAUCACUGGGUCUCUUCUUUUUCCUCUUUUUAUAUGGAGAAUUGCAGUUUCUUAGCAGCAUUUUCAAAGUAAGGAAGUUGCUUUAAAAAUACUUUGAUGCUUUCUGCUGUUGUGCACACUUGGUCCUGUCAUCUUGUGAGAUUGGUUUAGCAGAAGAUGCUGCUAAAUAUAUGGAGAUGGGAGAUGGUGCCACGAAACAUGUCAUCCAGAUGACAGGGUUUAAGAUGGAAGAAAAGCAAGCGCUAGUCAAGCUACUCUUAAAACUAGAUUGCACUUUCAUUAAGAGUGAGAAAUAUAAAAAUUGCACACAUCUUAUAGCUGAACGCCUGUGCAAGAGUGAAAAAUUCUUAGCAGCUUGUGCAGCAGGAAAAUGGGUAUUAACGAAGGACUACAUAAUUCAUAGUGCCAAAAGUGGCAGAUGGCUUGAUGAAACAACUUAUGAAUGGGGAUAUAAAAUUGAAAAAGACUCCCAUUAUUCACCACAAAUGCAGUCUGCACCUAAAAGAUGGCGUGAAGAACUGAAACGGACUGGUGCUCCAGGAGCCUUCCACACAUGGAAAGUCGUCCUCCUUGUUAGGGCAGAUAAGCGAAGUGAUUCUCUUGUAAGAGUUUUGGAGGCUGGAAAGGCAAAUAUCAUUUUACCAAAAAGUUCUCCAAGUGGGAUAACUCAUGUGAUUGCCAGUAAUGCAAGAAUCAGUGCUGAGCGAGAACAAGAGAACUUUAAGGCUCCGUUUUAUCCAAUUCAGUAUUUAGGGGAUUUUCUUUUAGAGAAAGAAAUUCAGAACAAUGAAGAUUCCCAAACCAGUUCUGGUUGGACCAAAUACAGCAAUCAAGAAGAAAGGAAAGAGUUUAAGAAAGAUGCUGGAUUUCUUGAAAUGAAAGCUGCUGGAGAGAGCAUGUAUAGAGUCCAGAACAAAAUGAAAAAUCAUGAUGAAAAUGUUAAUGAUAGAUUUGUAAUGAGCAAACAUCACAAAAAAGAAAAAUUCAGAGACUGCAGAAAAGAUACAAAAUCUGUUAAAAAGAGAAAUACAAUGAGAAGACAUGCACAUGAGAAUCAGAAAGAAACUAAGAAAAAAAUUAAAAAUGUCCAAAGGAGUUACAUUUUGAGGAAAAAGAACAGAAAAGAAGGUUAUUACAAAACUGAUGAUGAACAUGACAUAAUUAGAAGUACUUUUAGAAAGCAUGUGCAUUACAGAGAUCAGAAAGAAAUGAAGAAUUCUCUUCUUACUGAUUAUGCCAUCGAAUCAAAAACCAAGGAUGUCAAGACAAAUGUGGGUCUCACAGAAAUAAAAACUGCCUUAAAGAAACAGAUAUACAGAGACAUAUAUAGAGCUCAGGCUGUACGAUACAACUGCAUUAGAAUAGAUAAACAGCCUGUAUACAAUGUAGAGGUUAAGAAUGCAGAGCUCCCCAGAGGGAUAUUAAACCUAAUUGAAAGCCUCAUCGAAGGACAGUUCUUUAAAGAGGCCAUUGAAGAGCUUUGCUCUUUGCAAGCCCAUUAUGUUCCUCCUGUGUGCCUUCUCCAUGCCCUUCUAGAGAAUGUCCUGCAGGAUAACAUAGAUACAUUUUCUGGUCGAUACUUUCAUAUAUUAUCAGCUCUUCUUCAUCUGCAUCCUCCUUGGAAAUCACCAGCCAUGUUCAGAUACUACUCAGAGUUAUUUCAGUGUCCAACCUGCAGGAAAGGAGCCUGGUCUCUGGUGGAAGUGCUAGUCAGGUCUUGCCUUUUCAAUGAAGGUUUCUGUCAUCAAAUAUCAGAAAAUAUUGGUUCAAAGGUGGUACAUCUUACUUUGCUCAAGCUUUUCUUUAAUUUAUUUGAAAGUGAAGUACGCCAUUUGAUUCAAAAGUUGUGUGACUGGUCAGGUUCCCAGAGUCUGAAAGGAACAGAAAAGGCAAUUGUUCUUGAAAUUUUUUGGUCAGGAAGUGAAACUUCAGGACUUCUAACAAAACCAGUAAAUAUGCUUUUGGAAUGGACUAUAUAUUCUCACAAGGAAAAAUGCAAGUCCAAUGAUGUCUUCAAACAUGAAUUAUCUUACUUGCUGACUGGGAUUCUUGGAGCAGCAAUAGAUUAUUGGGUCUUCCUUGGUAUCCAGAUGGGUAGAAAUGUGAUCCGACACAUGUCUGAUGACUUAGGAAGUUAUAUCUCCCUGUCCUGUGAUGACUUCUCUUCACAAGAACUAGAGGUCUUCAUUUGUUCUUUUUCAUCCUCCUGGCUUCAGAUGUUUGUUGCCGAAGCAGUCUUUAAAAAGCUGUGCUUACAGGGCCCCACCAGUGCCUGCACGGAGCCUCUCUCUCUUCAGAAAAUAAUAGACUCCUAUUUGCCCGUUUUGGGAGAAAUGGACAUACAUGGGGUUAGAAAGAUGAAGAUGCCAAAAAAACUGGGCCAGCGACCUUGCCUAGAGUCUCAGAGAGCAUUACUAAUGCUGAAUGGUGCAAAGCAAAAGCAAGUUGAAGGUUGGCCUGAAUUUCCAGAGUUGAACCGUUCUAAAUGUUCCUCAUCAUUGAAAAAACUGAAAAAGAAAUCAGAAGGAGAAUUGUCAUGUUCCAAGGAGAAUUGCCCCACUCUGGUUACAAAGAUGAAUUUUCACAAAACUAAUCUAAAAGGGGAAACAGCUCUGCAUAGAGCUUGCAUAAAAAACCAAGUGGAGAAAUUGAUUUUUCUUCUCUCUUUGCCAGGAAUAGACAUCAAUGUUAAAGACAAUGCUGGCUGGACGCCUUUGCAUGAAGCCUGUAACUAUGGCAACACAGUGUGUGUCCAGGAAAUUUUGCAACGUUGUCCAGAGGUAGAUCUGCUCACUCAAGUGGACGGGGUGACUCCUUUGCAUGAUGCACUGUCAAACGGACAUGUAGAAAUUGGCAAGCUGCUACUACAGCAUGGGGGCCCAGUGCUUUUACAACAGAGGAACUCUAAGGGGGAGUUACCCUUGGAUUAUGUCCUGUCACCUAAAGACAAGGAAGAACUCUUUGCCAUUACCAAUAUAGACGACACAGUGGAAAACUUUCAUGCUCAGACACAGAAACAUUUGUAUCACCAACAGCUUGAAUUUGGUUCAUUCUUACUUAGUAGGAUGUUGCUUGGUUUUUGUUCAACAUUUGGUUUAUCUUCAGAACUCAUCCUAGCUUUCAAAGGGCUGGCUCAUCUAAGUGAGCUGCUUAUAGCGUGUACUAGUGACGACACAGAGCCCACCAGUGCACAUACUGACUGGUUACUGGACCUGUAUGCUAGGAACAUAAAGACGUUAAGGAAGCUCCCAAACGUUCUUAAGGACCUGCCUGAGAACCUUAAUGUGUGUCCUGGAGUGCAUACUGAGGCCUUGUUGGUGACAUUGGAAAUGAUGUGUCAGUCAGUCACAGAGGUGUCAUGAUGCCGGAAAGUGAGAGUCAGAUCCUAAACAUGCAGCCAUAGCUUGUGGACAAAUAUUAAUUGGAUGUAUUCACUAACAGACUUACAGCAGAUUUUCAUAGCACUUACACAUCUGCAGAAUGAGAAUACGGGCUCCCUUUCCAGUGUUUAGAAUUUAACUCAGAAAUAUAGAAUGAUAAAAUGAAGUAGUUUUGUUGGGUGUAAAAUGUUUUUAUUGGUCUUUUAAAAAUCUUUGUUCUGAAAAUAUUUAUUUAUAUUGUUUAUGUAGAAAACUAAAUAUUUUUUCAUAUCAAAAAUUUUCCUCUAAGUUCUAUAGGUUUUAAAAUCAUGGUAAGGAUAUUCAUUAAAAUAUUUAUCUAUAUGCUUGUAAAACUUGUUUCUUCUUUAUAAGCUAGUGUCUAAGAUGCAUUUGCUUUUCUGUGUUUCUAAAAUAAACCUUUCUGGAAUUUUAAAUUAUACUUAAUAAACUUUGGUUUUUAAAUGCUCCAAUAUAUACAAUUUAACAAUUCAGUUCUUUGAUCUGUUUUAGUUUAGCAGUACAUUCAUGAAGUAUGUUUCUAUACUCUUAACCAAUCUUCUAUAAGCUAAAAACAUUUUACCACAUAACAAGUUUUAUUAAAUAUUAUAAUCAAAUUACAAUUAAGACCGCAGGGGAGGGUGGGGGAAAAAAGAAAUUACAAUUAAAUUGACAGUAGUCUGAGGUUAUCUGAAAUUUUAUUAUGCAAUAUGAAUUUGCAGAUUAGUGUCUCCAUUUUUUUCCUAAUAAUUUAUAACUUAAAGGGCAGAGUGUGACUAUUAACUACUUAUGAAAUUGGUGGGGAGAAGUUACUUUGUUUUACAGAUGGGAAAAAGAAAUUACAACUUAAAUCUAGAUGUUAUAUAAUUGCUGAUCCAAUGGCAGUUAGGGUCUUAAAGAAGCAUUUGAGCUUUGUUUCAAAAUAGAUCUUUCAGAAACAGACAGAUAGGUACUCUAAUAAAAAUCAAACUUCUGUAAGAUUUCAAACAAAUUUAUACGUACUGUAAGAAAUAGCAUAAAAAUGUGUUUUUGUUAUUAAUCCCGCCAAAAUAUCAGCAAACAUGAGUAGUCACUGGGGAGGCUGAGUUGGAGAAUGACUGAGUUUGUAGCCAUACUAAACAGAGGCAAGGGGGAAGACGAGAAAGGAGCUAGGAGGAGUCAUUUAAUCUUAUUAUGAAGGCACCUGGGGUAACAUUGCUUCAUAAACUAACACAGACUUGGGCAUAGGCUUUGACUCGAGCACAAUCAGGUAGAUCUUUAGCUAAUUUGUUAAAACUAAAUUACAAGGACUUUUUUUUUCUGUUUUGUGGUUUAUUUUGUUUUGUUUGGUUUUGGUUUUCAAGACGGGCUAUCUCUGUACAGUCCUGGCUGUUCUGGAACUCGCUUUGUAGACCAAACUGGCCCUGCCUCUGCCUCCCAAGUGCUGGCAUUGAAGGUGUGUGCUACCACUGCCUGGCCUGUUUUGGUUUUCUUUUAUGUCAAAUGGAAAUAAUGUCAGGUAUCCUUGUCCUGAAAGAAUUAAGCUAAACUCUCACUUUAUAUGAUGCUUCAUAAACUUUGUGUCUACUAUUUCAUUUGCUAAUAAUGAGAUGCUAAAGCAAAAAAAAAAAAAAAGAUGCUAAUUGCUUAAGUUAACAGUACUUCUAUAAUUAAAAAAAUAUAAACAGUAUCAUGAGUUAGGGUUUUGUCUGCUAGGUAGUUUCCUAAGUUAGAUAUUCAUUAAACAAUAUUUUUUGAUAGAACUAUCCAAGCCAUAAUGCCAUGUCCUGAAAUACACUCCGGUGCUCCAAGAUGUCUUUCUUCUGUAGGAAGGCGUUGUUUCACAGGUACAGGCUACUGUGUUCCAUGCCGAGUUACUACACUUUGGCAUUGUAGCAUUGUUUUUAUUAUUUCUUGUAUUUAUAUUUUAGAAAACAUCAUUGUUGUCUUAAAUCUAUCUUAGAGGUCAAAGAGGAAGAAGUUCUAAACACUUAAAAUUCCUGAGUCUUAACUGUCCAUUGGAGACUUUUCAAAGCCGUGGCUUGAAAUAAAGCUGAGUAAUGGCAUUCUGUCCCAUGUUCUCCCCGAUCAGAUGUCACAGCUCCAUGGCUUGUUGAAGAGGGGAAAAACAAAACAAAAAAAUCAAAUCAAAGCCCCUUCCACAACAUGAGGAAACAUUAGAGGGGGCUUCUGAGAUGAGUCAGCUUUCCUCAGUGCAUUUUAAUGCGGUUCUUGGAAGGGCCUUUUGAAUUUCCUAUGGUCUUAAUCUUGGUUCCACUGUAGAGAAUAAAGUGUUCUGUAGACAUAGUUUCCUACAAAUUGACCAGGAAAAAAGUCGCUGCUUCUGGUAUAAAGCACUGGGAAAUGAAUUAUUGUUUUGAAUGCAACCUUUUUGAAAAGCUAAGAAAAUUCAAAGUGGCAUACUCCCAGGAGCUGGUGACAAUAGAAGAAACCCUGACCAACUGGGAAGGUAAACCAGAGUUAAUGCUGCUCAUUUCCAUGUGUUUUCUUCAGUGCUGUUGAGAGGAAAUUGGUUUGGUAUGUUUCUGGAGGCUUUAGUAAGUGUGCCCUACUUUUUAAAUUGAAAUACUGAGUCUGAUAGUGUAAUCAUUUGUAAGUAUUACUUUGGUAAUUUAAUUUUAGAAUAAAUAGGCAGUGGGUGGGCUUUAGAAGUCUUACUGCUCAUUCUGAGACAAAUGCAAAUGUGUUAAUGCUAGAAUGUUCAUAAAUAUCAGAAGAGUGUGGUUGCUUUUCUCUAUGCUGUUUUAGCAAAGCGAAUAGAUUUACAUGGAAAGAAACUACUGAUGGGCCCUGCAGCCCUCCUGCCUCUGAUGAACUUGGUAAGAGCUGUUGCAUCUUCCUUGACUGGUAGGAGUCACUUAUACCUCCAGCAUUUGUUAGGUGGCCUUCCUUGCCAGUCACUCGUUCCUCCUGGCAGCUUCCAUGCCAGUUGCAGCUCCUGCUGAGGUAGACCUCACAAAACUCAGAAUGAUUGGAAAGCACUCAUCCAUGUUAGAACUGAACAAAGACUCUUUAACUAGUGCAUGGAAAUCAGAUUAUGUUACCAGAAGAUCCAACUUGUAGGUUAAAACGAAUUGCAGUAAGGAAAUAUACUUUGCUAAUUUCUAAACCUGUAUCAGAAAGUACCAGGCACUAUAUUGAUCAGAAAAAGUUAAGUUGGUUCUGAGCAUACUUUCUUCAGUGCACUGAGUAUGCUACUGAAGGAAAACUUCCAGAGGAGUGUUUCAUAGGACUUUUUAAUACCAAUAAUCAUUAGACAGAUUAUACUUAUAGUAAAUCCUGGUCUUGCAGAACAUAUCAAGAUAAAUGUUUAACUCCUGACCCAAGUUUAUGAGAACACAAGCCACAUCAACUAUUAUUUUAUAGUUUAUGUGAACUGUUAGAAAGAAAAUUCUGUGAAAUUAUUUGAAUAAAAUCUUAGGGAUUUACAAAUAUAAGUGAUUGUUUUUCUCAGAUUAUGGUCUGUUUGGGAUUUUUAAUGUUAUAUGCUGUUUAAGAUAUGGUAUAUUUGAGCACAUUGUAGCUUCUCUUAGUUCAUGCAUAAUACAGUUAAAGUUAUAUCAGCCUAUUUUUAAAGGUUCAAACUACAACACUUAGUCCUAGAUAUGAAUGACCUUUGAAAAAUAAUAAUGUUUUGCUCUUAAAGACAUAGCUGUAUUUGCAUCUCUUUAAAGUAAACACUGUGAGCUCUUUUCUGUGUUUAUACUGCUGACUUACUAAUAAAAGCCAACUGUGUUGUCAGAGGGACGAUUGAUCAGUUAUUGAGUAAUCAUUGCAUAGCAUGGAAGUAUUAGACUGUGUGGCCUCUAACAAGAAAGGCCCAUUAUUUGAGCAUCUAUGCAUUCUUCUGCCCACUUAUAAUUGAAUCACUUUCUCCUUGGUAAACAUGAUCACCUUUCUUCUCAUGUUAUCAGAUUACAUCAAAUAAACAUUGAUAAUGUCACAUCA